AAAAGGCUAGCACCAUGCCUACCCUAACCAACGUCACCAUUUCGAGACCAUUUCGAGCUAGACUCUCUCUCUCUCUCUCUCUCAGAAUACAACGAAGGAAUUUGUGAUUCGUGGGAAUGGCAAUGGCUGGGCGUCUGAGAUCGAGCUUCCCUCACUUCCAGAAGAUUCUGAGAUCCGAUUCUCUCUCCUCCCCCCAGCGAUCCACCCUGCUAUGCCCUGCCUUCUCCAAUCCCGAGUUCUCUAGGGAUUAUUCUUCAGCAUCUCCUCCAAAGGAACAGAAAGUUAAGGUGCCUCUGACUAUGUUUGGUGUAUCUGGAAACUAUGCCUCUGCAUUGUACCUUUCAGCAGUAAAAGCUAAUGCACUGGAAAAGGUUGAAUCUGAGCUUCUUGACCUUGUUGAGGCUUCAAAGAGAAGUCCUACAUUUGCUCAGUUCAUGAAAGAUUUGACAGUCCCUAAGGUUACUAGAAUCAAGGCUUUAACGGAAAUUUGUGCUCAAGCUAAAUUGUCUGAUAUCACAAGGAACUUUUUGUUAAUUUUGGCUGAGAAUGGGAGGCUAAGGCAGAUGGAAAUUAUAGCCAAGAGAUUUACAGAAGCGACCAUGGCGCAUAGGGGAGAAGUGAAAGCCAUUGUGACAACCGUAAUUCCUCUUCCUGCUGAAGAGGAGAAAGAACUGAAAGAAACUCUACAGGAAAUACUUGGACAGGGGAAGAAGGUUAAACUUGAACAGAAGAUUGAUUCUUCCAUUCUUGGUGGAUUGGUGGUGGAAUUUAGCCAAAAGGUCUUUGACAUGUCCAUCAAGACUAGAGCAAGGCAGAUGGAGAGAUUCCUGCGGGAUCCUGCCAAUCUGGGGAUCUAAAAGGUGCUGCGCCUUUUUGGCGUAAUCAAAAGAAACACUUUCCAUUCAUGUCUCUAAUAUCUUUUGUCAAAGUUUCGUUUGGUUUGGUCUGACCAAGAAAGGUUCUUGUUUCGGAACCAAGCUGCGAAAGUAUUUACUUUGUCGUAUUUCGUGGGUUGGGAGCGAUGUGCGUGCACAUCCUUUGGACUGUUUGCUAGUUGUUCAUCAUCAAAUUUGGAUCUAUUUUUGUUGAAAAUAAAAGCUAAUAGCUCA